GGUUUAGUAUUCAGGAUUUAAUCCAUUUGCGACAACUCGUUCUAUUGUUCUGAUAAAAUGCAUCAUGUAUUGUAACGAAUUGGUGUCUGUGUAACAAAUUCCGAAAUUAUUUUAUCACCAUCUACUAAAGAUACUCCCGCUGCUUCAACUCGAAUGAUUGAGUGAAUCAAUCGUAACUCAUAUAAACUUUUCAUGCAUCCUUCAGAGAAGAGAGACUUCGACAACCAGGCUAAUCGAGAAGGUCAAGAAUGGGAGUGUGAGUUUGACAAAAUGUCACGAUCAAUCUCGAAGGGGACCAACCAGUCGAUAAGUCCAGAUUAUUCUGAAAGUCAGGAGCGAAACACUUCAAUGAAUGAAUCACCGAAUUCUUCGCCCAAUCGGAAGGAUCCAAUGUCUCCAGAAGCCAACCACUCAAAAUCAAGUAUAAUCAACGACGACAAUGGUCAAUCUCCAAUCCAAACGAACAACGCCUCAAGAUCUCGUGCAAAAUCGUCAAGACAAAGCGGUUCGACCUCUCCAGAGCACCGCAAUGGCUCCCAGUCCCUCGCAGGAAAUGAGACCCCGAAGUUAAGUCAUAAAGAGGAACAGUUUUCUAAGGAGCGUUCGCGCUCACUCUCAGAUAUUUCCAAAGGCUUCAGGUCAAGAUCUAACAGCCCUAACAAUGCAUCGAAACCUUCAAGAUCCAGAUCUGGCUUUUGGUCGAGAGCGAAGUCUCUAUCAAGAUCUAAAUCCAAAUCUCCUGAAUUCAAUAAAGGUACGCAAGGAUCAAGAAGAUCUAGGUCGAGCUCAAAAAGUUUUACAGGCACAGAGAGUCAACCCCGGACUAGAUUCAGGUCACGUUCAGGGUCAAAAGAGGAUUCAGUGACAUCAAACCGAUCUAGACAGGGGUCAGCAGUUUCUGAUCGGUCUCGGACAAGUUCUACUGCUUCAAAUAGAUCAAGACCAGGUGUAUUGACUGCAAAGAGAACAAGAGAAGCUUCUGUAGCUUCGAAUAAAUCGAGAACUGGUUCUCUUGCUUCAAAGGGAUCGAGAUCAGCCUCUUUGGUUUCAAACAGAUCACGAGCUGGGUCAACAGCCUCAAAUAGGUUCCGGUCGCGUUCAGUAUCGAGGCAUGGCUCUCCACUUAGCAGAAACUCACGCUCACGAUCUCGUUCAGACUCUCCUGGAUCUUCCAGACCUGGCUCUCCAGCUGUGAGGUAUUCUCACUCUAGAUCUGACUCGAGAUUCCGACGAGACUCUUCAGAUACCAGAAAUUCACGAUCCAGCUCGCAUUUAGGCUCACCUCAAGGCUCACUAGCUUCCAAUAGAUUCAAAUCUAGCCAAUCCAAAUUAUGUUCAAUCAAAUCGACGUCCAGAUCGCGAUCAAGAUCUGCUAACGCCAGGUCCGGGUCCCGUUCAGUGAAGUCGAAAUCCAGGUCGCGAUCACGUUCUGUUAAAUCGCGGUCCAGAUCUCGUUCUGAUUCUGCCAAAUCUAGACGCUCAUCUUCUAGAUCGGUUAAAUCAAGAUCCGUGUCACGUUCAAAAUCUAUUCAGUCGAGGUCUAGGUCACGAUCUGCCAGAUCGGCGUCCGGUUCACGUAAAUCCAGGUCUAGAUCACGUUCGCGUUUAAUGAAAUCAAGAUCCAGAUCUGGCUCUAGAGCUUCUUCAUACUCUCAACCAAUAUCCAGACGCUCUGUAUCAGGUUCUAGAUCAAGAUCACCUUCUAGGUCACGUUCAAGGUCUAAAUCUAGAUCAAAAUCACAGUCCAGAUCACAUUCGCGUUCAAGGUCAGCACAAUCACGUUCUCGUUCAAAAUCACGAUCGCAUUCACGUUCGAAAUCUCGAUCGAGAUCGGGUUCGCGAAGGAGUAGUAGAAGUCGCAGCACAGACUCAACUGGGAGUUCACUCGGUGUCAAACGAAAACGACGAAUUUCAGAUUCUGAUUCGGAGGCCGAAGCUGUAAUUAAGGAUAAAAAACUAAAGCACCAAAUUGCAGACUCGGAGGAGGAGAGUGAAGAGAAAACAUCCACAAAUGCAGAAGAUGACAAUACAGAGAGAAGAAUACUGGGAGACGAGGGUGAGGAGGCACCGAAACAAUGUAGCUUAGUGGAUGAAGGCGAAGAUUCUGAUGAAGGAGUGCGAGAAGGUGGUGGAGAAGAGAACGAUCACAUGUCAGACUUUGAUCGUAUGUUGGCACGUAAGAAGGAGGAACAAACACGAAGACGUAAGCGCAAAGACAUUGACAUCAUUAACGACAAUGAUGACAUAAUAGCGCAAUUAUUAGCGGAUAUGCGUAAUGCUUCAGAGGAGGACAGGAAAUUGAAUCAGCAGUUAAAACCAGCUACCAACAAAAUAGCAAUGUUACCGAAAGUUUUAUCGCAGCUGAAGAAACACGAUCUUCAGUUGGCAUUCCUGGAACAUAAUGUGCUCUCCGUGUUGACUGAUUGGCUGGCGCCUAUGCCAGAUCGUUCUCUACCAUCUUUAAGGAUUCGUGAUAGUUUAUUAAAGCUUCUGUGGGAGUUUCCCAGAAUCGAUCAGGGAUCUUUGAAGCAAUCGGGGAUUGGGAAGGCUGUGAUGUAUCUUUAUAAACACCCACGAGAGACUAAAGAAAAUAAAGAACGUGCUGGAAAGUUGAUUAACGAAUGGGCGAGACCGAUAUUCAAUUUGUCUGCUGAUUUUAAAGCAUUGUCGAAGGAGGAGAGGAUGCAGAGGGACCUGGAGCAGACGCCAGCGAAGAGGAGGAAAUCUGAUGAGGCUGAUACGGGCCACAAGUCCGAUAUUAAUAAAGCACUGAAGCAGAAUGAUGCGAAACAACUCAGACCUGGUGAUCCAGGGUGGGUGGGAAGGGCCAGGGUUCCUGUACCCUCCAACAAGGAUUACGUUAUCAGACCCGAGUGGAAAUCUGAAGUGGAUAUCAGUCGUACCACCAAGAAGCAGAUGAACAGGUUCGAGAGGCAUAUGAAGAAUUAUAUGGAUGGCAAGAGGAUAAAAGCAGCCAGACGAGCAGUUGACAUUUCUAUCGAGGGAAGAAAAAUGUCAUUAUAAUUUCAAGUUGCAUAUUCAGUUCUCCUUCACUCUAUUUUGAUUCAGUGUUCUUGUGAUAAGCAUACUACUCGUAAAUAAACAUUUGAAAAUA